AUGAUAUAUUAUGCAGUACCACCACGAUCCAUAGCUUAUUAUCCAUCAUCGGCAUCUAUCGUAAAUCAAUUACCUAAACAACCGAAAGAAACUUUCUUAUCUCCAGCCGCAUCACAAAUAAACAUUAAUACGAUCGCACCACCGAUUUCACCUCUUGCUCAGUCAUUGCCAUCAGAUUGGGCUUAUCGAGUGAAUGACAUCAUCUCGAAAGGCGUCACGAAAUUAGCUCUAAAUAUCCAAAACGUAAUAUACGCUAACAAUCUGGCAUCAGUAAAAGACGAAAAAGAUAAUAUAGUAUUCUCGCCACUUAAUAUUGCUGGAUCUCUCGCAUUAGUUCAUUUAGGAUCAGCUGGAAUAACUUUCGAAGAGGUGUCGAGAAUCCUUGGACUUGCUGCGGGAGUAGACAUUUCUACGCAUUCAGAACUCGUUCAUCAAAUGUUCGGAUUAUUGAUUUCCGUAGUUCAUGAGAAAGUUCUUGAAUCUACGAGGAUCAUAGACAUUGCUAGUGCAAUUUUCUUGCAGGAAGGUUUUCCAAUUCGACCAGAAUUUAGGACAAUCAGCGAAGAUGUAUAUCAAAGUGCAGUAAUGAAUGUCGAUUUUCGAGAAAGAGGAAAGGAAGCACAAGACAAAAUAAACGCAUGGGUAAAAGAAAAAACAAACGGAAAGAUUUCAACUAUUUUAAAUGAUGUACCAUCAGCUGCCACGAAAGUGAUCAUAGCUUCGGCAUUAUAUUUCAAUGCCGAAUGGAAUAGAUAUUUUAUAAAGGGAGCUACUGGUAGAAAAGCAUUUUCCAUCGAACCGAACCAACAGAUCCUAGUUGAUAUGAUGUACAAUGCAGGAGAUUUUCCUUUCUACGAAGAUAAAAAUUAUGGCGUUAAAAUUGUUGGUCUACCAUAUAAAGGAUUAGAUACUACUAUGUAUAUUAUGUUACCUAAGGCAGAAGGUGCAAGAGCAUUAGGCGAAUUUGAGAGGACACUGACACCAGAGAUCAUUGAAUAUUUAAUUGAAAAUACGCGAAAUCAAACGACUAUAAUAGGGAUGCCUAAAAUGAAGAUUACUAGUUCUUUAAAAUUAAAAAAAGUACUCGAGAGUUUAGGUUUAACAUCACUAUUUAAUCCAGCAGCGGCAGACUUGAGUUUGUUAUCACCAGGUUCAGGAGAACUGAUUGCAAACGCAGUACCAAAUCUAGAAGCUACAUCACCCACGAAUUCUACCAGAUCCAAUAAAAGUUUUAAUAAUCAAAAUAGACAAUCGAACAACAGAGAUCAAUUGAUUUUCUCAAGAUUCGGUGCUGACGUAGACGGACAGCAGAUGUACAAAAAACAUUUAUUCAAAUAUACUGACAAUACUCGCGGUUACAAUAUCGAACAAUGGGCUACUGGAUUUAAUAUAAGAAGGCAAAGGAAACGACGUGAAAUCGAAACUGAACGAAUCGACGAUGAAAGUAACGUUAAAAGAGUUCGAAGACAAACUAGACCUAUGUCCGACGAUUUUCUCCGUAUCGUUGAAAGUAGAAAUUUUCGAUCAUUUGGACUGGACGAUCUUAGAAAUAGCGCGACCAUAGCUAAUCCUGGUUUAUAUGCUGAUGAGGUAUUACAUAAAGUAGACAUUGAUAUUAACGAAAAGGGUACUGAAGCUGCAGCAGCAACUACAAUUGUUUUAGAAAGAGAUGGUAGACAAAAAAGGUUAUUAGCUAACAGACCCUUUCUAUUUUUCAUAAGACACAAUCCUACAAAAUUGAUAUUGUUUUGGGGUACGAUUAACACGCCUACUCCAAAUUUUCCUAAUACGUAAUUAACAAUUUUUAUUUAAUAGCGUCUAAUACUUUCGAUUAUAAUUGCAUCUAUAUAUAUAUGUACGUGCGUGUAAUUAGUUUUGAUAAAGUUAAAAUCUAUCAUAAACUAAGUUGAUUAAUACCUACUUAAUUGUAUUUCAUUUGCAUAUGAUACUUAUGUAAGAUACUUUUCUUUUCUUUUUUUACAUAGAACACCAAAGAAAUUUAAUUGCAAAUACAUUUAAGAGCUUAUCAUUUAUCUACAUUAGAUUAGUUAGGAUAAAUGAAAAUAAAACAAUUAACUUUUUUAACAAAUGAGUAUGAUAUUUGAAAUUCUAUACUAAUAUGUACUAUGAAAAAUGCUAUGAAUGAUACGAAAUGAUACGAAUGUAUAUAAUGCUACAUGUUCAUAUGUUGUGCUAUACUAUGCUAAGCUAUGCUAAUAUUAAACCCAUAGUAUAUAAAAAAAGAUGUGAUACAAUGACUUCUUCAGCUUCAAGAUAAUAUUCUUCUUACGUUAGAUUCAAUUUUAUUAAUUAAAAUGCAUUUAUUUCUGUUGCAAUAAUGUAAUAUUUCGAUCUGUACGAAUGGAGUGGAAGUAUGCGUGAAGUAUCAGUGAGAAAGAAGUGAAUAAAAUAAAUUAAUUAAAACAAA